AUGGCUGAUGCACUUUGGGCAUAUAGGAAUUGUCCCUAUACUAGUACUGAAAUGAGUGCACUAACAUACAGACAUAAUGUAGUGGAGCCUUUGGAGAUUACUGUACCAUCAUUGAGGGUCAUGCAUCAAGCCGAGCUAACCCCUCUUGAGUUCACAGAAGCCAUGCUUAUCGACUUCGAAAGAUUAGACGAAACUCUGAUGAGGACCUUGAAUUCUACCAUCCCCAACAAGGUUAUUAUCACCUGGGCAUAUAAUAAAAGGGUAAAAAGAAAAUCAUUCAGAGAAGGGGGUAAGGUCUGGAAAGUGGUGCUACUGAUAUGGAACAAAGACCAGAUCAUGGGUAAAAAAUGGUCGCCCACUUGGGAUGGGCCCUAUGUUCUCAUCCAAGUCCUUAAAGGUGGAGCCUAUCUCUUGCGUGAUAUGGACAGAAAGGUUGUAGGAGCUCCAAUCAACGAUUGA